UUGCAUUUGAGAGCGUUGAGCCCUCUCUCUUUCUUCUUCGGCCUGUCUAAAUUGUUAGCUGAAAAUAUAGCUUUUGGAUUCAUUUCGGUUAAAUCUAGCACAUGCCCUUCUCAUUUAUCCCCUUUUUCUCUCUCUCUCUUUCCAAGUUUUCCAUUUGAUAACUUCCUCUCAUUCCAACUUGUAAGUUUUUCGUUCUCUUUCUUCUUGCUCUAUCAAGAAAGUUGAUAUUUUGUUUUAUUUUUUUCAGUUUGUCAUAUACCCGUUUCCUCUCUGCCCUCCUUCUGCUUUCUAUCCCUCCCUCUUUUUGGGUGUGAUUUGGAGGAGAGGAUGAUGAUGAUGACAAUGGAGGGGAUGAUGGGUAAGGGGGGACUGGAUGAUAUAAUAAGGAGGCUUCUGGAAGGGAAAGGAGGGAAGCAGGUGCAGCUAUCUGAAGGGGAGCUCCGUCAACUCUGCAUCAACGCCAGACAAAUCUUCCUCUCUCAGCCCAAUCUCCUUGAGAUUCGUGCUCCCGUUCGCAUAUGCGGUGACAUACAUGGACAAUUCCGAGAUCUACUGCGGGUUUUUGAAUACGGUGGCUACCCUCCUACUGCAAACUACCUCUUUCUCGGUGAUUAUGUAGAUCGAGGCAAGCAAAGUUUGGAGACGAUAUGUCUGCUUCUAGCCUACAAAAUUAGAUAUCCUGAAAAUUUCUUCCUGUUGAGAGGAAACCAUGAAGAUGCAAAGAUCAAUCGGAUUUAUGGAUUUUAUGACGAGUGUAAAAGGAGGUUCAAUGUUAGGUUAUGGAAACUAUUUACCGACUGCUUUAAUUGUUUGCCUGUGGCUGCACUCAUUGAUGGAAAGAUACUUUGUAUGCAUGGAGGACUCUCUCAGGAGUUGCAAAAUUUGGAUCAAAUAAAGGAACUUCCCAGGCCUACUGAUGUACCGGAUAGUGGUCUCCUCUGCGAUCUGCUUUGGGCUGAUCCCGAUCCUAAUGUUGAGGGCUGGGCAGAGAGUGAUCGAGGUGUCUCAUGUACUUUUGGACCUGAUAGGGUUGCUGCAUUUUUGGAUGAGAAUGACCUUGAUCUCAUUUGCCGAGGUCAUCAGGUUGUGGAGGAUGGAUAUGAAUUUUUCGCUAAAAGAAGAUUAGUCACAAUAUUUUCAGCUCCAAACUAUGGUGGAGAGUUUGACAAUGUCGGUGCUCUAUUAAGUGUUGAUGAAUCUUUAGUGUGUUCUUUUGAAAUAUUAAAACCACUCGAGAGUAAAUUAGCAUCAGCAAGCGGGUCUAAUACAUCCCGGAUGAAACUUGGAAAGCUUCUUUUUCUCAUCUUUGUUUGACAGCCCCAGUAGGCUGGAAUCAUUUGAUUGUUCAGAGAUUCCUUCUGUUCAAAUAGGAGAUACAACUAAAAGAUACAGCAAGCUCAGUUCAUGUUAGGGUUUGAAUUAUUGGUUAAUCGACAGGCUUUGCAAAAGAGAAGCCUUAACCUUCAUGAUAUGAUGGAAAUUAUUUUAAGAAGUGUAAAUUGAUAACUCUCUUCCGUGCAGAUGCAGAGAUUUUUGCUUUGAACACUCAUUGUACGUUAUAACUAAGAGUAUUUGCACUCAAGUAUCAAACGGCAUGCCUGGAUUUUCGUUGAGCA